CCAGCCCCCGGCGGGGCGGUGUCGGGGGCCGGCCCGUUCCGCUCCGCCCGCGGGGCGCUGGGGCGAGGGACCGGGCGGCGGCGGGAGGAGGAUGCAGGCCUUGCACUCUGGACUUGUCAGCCUUGCAGGCUUCUGGGCACAUCUCUUCUCAGCUAUGAGUAGAUCAAUAGGAUUUAACAUCUGUGUGGUCACCUGCAGCAUCCUGCUCUUGUCCUCCAGUCCACCAUGCCUUGCAUCUCAGCCACUGGAGGAGAGGGACAUGACAAAGGUCCAGCAUGGCCCCUGGGUAGGAAAUGGGGUAGAAGAUGAAAGGACAGGCAUGCUGAACUCAAAAAAUAACCCGGGCCCUUCUGAACAGUCUAUCUCUGAAGAGCCCUGUGGAGUGUCAGUAAAUCCAUCUGGGACACUCUUAAAUGAAGCUUUCACUGUGGAAGGAGAAAUGCUGCCUGUAAGCCCGAGCCACGUCAGCCCAGGCAGCCAGGGGCUGGGUGCUCACACCUCUGCUGUGGCAGUGGCUGCCAUAGAUGAAGAGGACCUUGGUCCCAUGAAGCCGGAGCUGGAUGAGGAUGAUGCGUUCAAGGCCAUGCUGACCACAGCUGUGACCACACCGAACCCUGCUGUCCAGGAGGAGUCUGUCAGUGGCCCCAUUAGCGAGGCCACCACGGAGGGUGGUGUUGAAGUAGAGCACAGCUCUGCCAUCCUCUCAGCAAACCCCCUUUUUGGGACAGCUGUGGAGGAGGAGGCAGCAGAGAGCAGCUUGCACCCCUCGGCUGUGCCCCAGCCCACGCUGUACCCCAGCCCUCCCAGCUGGGAAGCAGCCAGUGACCACCCUGUCAUCCCAACUCCCCAGGCUCAUGGUGUGACCUCUGAGAUGGGAAUGCCAAGACCCCGCACAGGGAGCCCUCUGAGGUCCCUGGCUGUGCGAGCAUCUGUGGCUGCAAAACAUCCCCUCAUGGUGACUGAGGCCUCCCUCCACCUGGAAGGAGGGACGGGUGUCAGGGGAGAAGAACUGCCUACCAUGGCUGGCACUGUCACCAGCCACCCUAUGGACACUGUGCCACCUGACUGGGAUGACACAAAACCGGGAGACAGAAGUCAAGGGGUAAGCAUGUCUCAGGAGGAGAUGACAGAGGACCUGGGGGCAACAGAACCAUCCCAGACCCCACAGGGAGGUGUGGAGGAGGAAGAGGAUGUGACAAGAGUGCUGCCGUUGCCAGCAUCCCCUCCACCAAAUCCUGGGCUUGCUGAGGAGACCAACUGCACAAUGCCAGUGCAAGGGGAGGAGUUGCCAGCAGCUCCCACAGACAGCGGUGAUGCUCUCCACACUGCAAACCUGACGGGUGUAGACAUGGCUGAUCUCGAUUCACUGGAAAACAUAAGUGCAGUCACAGCAGAGGAGGGGAAAAGCAUCCUGCCAUCACAGCCGGAGGCUGCUGUGGUGACAGAUACACAGUCUGAUUUAUCUCCUACUCUGGAAAGCUCAUGGAAAGGUGUUACUCAGGAGGUGACAGCAGUUGCCCAGGAGGCUGAUGCUGCUCUGUCAGUGGUGACACUGGCGCCUGAUGCUACCCAGGGAACAGGAGCUGCAAGCCUUCUGCAGGAAAACAGUGGAGAGGACACGCAGAUGACGACUGCUCCCGGUGCCACCCAGGUGCCAGUGGCAACUGGUACUUCCUCUAUGGCAAACACUCCAGAUGUAGAAGAUCUUGCAGAUGUGGUCCUGGUCACCAGUGAGAAUGCUGUUCCAGCUCCUGGUGGGUUGGCUGCUACCCAGUCUGGACAGACAGAGGAGCCAUCCAGCAAAACUGUGGUCCUGGUAACUCCAGCAUCAAUGGCAUCUUCUGUUAGGAGGACAGCUCUUCCACCUGUGAGGAAGAUCAGUACAGCUGUGACCUAUGGGCUGGACCGCCUGGAGUCAGAAGAGGGUGAGGAAGAGGAGGAGGAUGAAGAGGAGGAGGAAGAAGAGGAGGAAGAGGAAGACGAGGAGGACAAAGACAUAGAUUCGAUGGAUGAAAGCAUGGAGGGUGACACAGAGCUGCCAGGUUUCACGCUUCCAGGCGAGACCUCCCAGGAUCCCAUAGCUGGCCUGGAAAACCCUGUGGCCCAGCUGGCUGGGGUGUCCUACCAGGUGCCUGACACCAUCGAGUGGGAGCAGCAGAACCAGGGUCUGGUGAGAAGCUGGAUGGAGAAGCUGAAAGAUAAGGAAGGAGGCAUGUCUAGUACAAGCCAUGCUCAUAGCAGAGCACCUUGGCCUGGGAUUCAGCCUGAGCGAAUGCUGAAAGGACAGAGAAUGGUUUUCCCGACGAAGGCAGGAUACAUGUCGGGGAUGCUGGUCCCUGUAGGAGUCGGGAUAGCUGGAGCCCUGUUUAUCCUAGGAGCGCUCUACAGCAUUAAGAUUAUGAAUCGCCGAAGGAGAAAUGGCUCAAAGAGACAUAAAAGAAAGCAGAGGGAAUUUAACAGCAUGCAAGACCGAGUCAUGCUCUUAGCUGACAGCUCUGAAGAUGAAUUUUGAGUCGAACUGCAGUGCCCUUGCGAUAGCCCGUGACUUUUAAAAAGGAGGGAGGGGGAGAAAAAGAACAAGCGACUUUCUGCUGCAUCACUGCUCUCCGCCGCCCCGAGCCACCGAGCAGUGGUCGGUACCACCCCGGCGAAACGGCAUGCUACGCUCUACGUGUCCCGCGCAGUGAUGUUUGUUUUGAUACAGUAGUGAGAUUUCACAUUUGCACCCGGCACCUCAUUCAGAUCCACAGCGCGUCUUGUUACAGCUGGAGCUGAUCCAUAUGGAUGAUUAUUUUCCUAUUACCCUGGUGUGCUGUUUUGGUCCUGGCUGGCAGUAAUCUAAUCAUAACAAUAGCUCUCACCUAGCCUGGGAAUGGAAAUCUUUACUGUGAAUGAAUUCUGUCCAAUUUGUUAAUUUUAAAUGUUACAUUACCUGAGCUAGAGUUCAUUAGUGCUAAGAUUAGCUGCUCUGCUUAAUUAAUGAGUUAUACACUUGAACUGUAUCCCUUGCCACCUGAGAAGUGCCCAAGUACAGUGUUGUUGAUAGGGUUUGAAGCACAUUUCUGCACUCGAGUUCCCGACUCUCACCCCUUCUUUCUUCCUUCAGCUCUGCUCCACGCUUCUUGGAGAUACACAGGAAUGGCCUCAACACUUGAUUCACCACAAAAAUCAUAGUCCAUUUUCAACCAACGCUGUCUGUUACAGCACAAUAAAUACCAGCGCUCACCUACUGACGGAUAGUCUUGCAUGGAUCUCUUAGCUUUUGUUCAGUGUGCAAGUAAGAGAAGAGCCAGGCUAGAGGUUUCUUCAGCUUCUGCCUCCUGUUUGAAGGACACUAGUUAUUGGUCCAUCUCUUUCAUAAGGCUGCGUUCACAUAGAGGUGAAAGCAGAGCGUCCGUCUCCUUUACCCGCUGGAAAUUACGUUUUCAGCCCCUAAAAGCGGUGUGAAUGGCAGCACCUUUGGGGGAUCUGGAUGGGUCUUGUCUCCAGACCACCGAAUGCAGAGAGGCACCAAAGGUUGUGGGGCGGGUGGCUGUUGGUGUUGUGGGAAUUGUUGCUAAUAGUCAGCAAGCAGUGGCAGCCACAGCUGGAGAGAUGUCUGCUGUGGGGAGGUGAAGUGGUCCCGCUGGGAGCCCUUGGCCAUGGGGUGAAAUGAGAAGCUGUAGGACAGAUGGCUGCAGAGCGUUGUGGAGGUGAAGCCCAAGGCGGGCACAGGGUGAGGGCAGCUGCCCGGGCUGCUAGCACGAGGUUGCAAAGGGAGACAGCCAGUGUCUGAGAUGUUAUUGGAACUGAGCAGGGGAAACAAAUGUUGCUUUGCACAGAAAUGCUGUCAAAAUAGCUAGAAAAAGGGCUGCGUUACUUUAGCUCUGCUUCUGGUUGUGAAAUUACAUCAGUCUGACAUUUAUGCAAAACAGCCACUUUUCUGAGGUGGGAAUCACUGUUCUUUCAGGAAUCAUCCUUCAUACAAGGAGCAGUGACUGUUGCCAGAGGAGACUUGACUAGACAAAUAAGGCCAGACUGCGCGUCUGCUGAGAUUAAAUCCCAGAGAGCCUUCAGAGAUGGUGGAAAGGAGGAGAGUUUGAGGAGAGGCACAUGCAGGAUUUCAUUCCUUGUAAAGGUGAAAAGCUGGGUCAGAUUGAGAAGGGUAGAUGUAGAUGAUGGUAAGCAAAUGUCUCGUGGGCACGUGAAUGUGUUUGCAAGGUAGAGAGGACGUUUGGAAGACCCUCCUGAAGUUCACUUAUCUCUUGAGAGGGUCAGGGCCUCAUCUGGACAUUAGGUCAUCAGAUGUGAUGUUCCGCUCUGAACAAGCAGUGCUCUUCAGAGCCCAGGUACUUUCCUGUAGGCCUUACCCACACAUCUACUGAGUCACCUGGAGAAGGACAGGCGGGACAACCUGUAUUCAAAAUGCUGCUACUAAUGCUAGUCUUCCAGUUGAAGAGCUGUGCGUGGUCCCUCACGCACUCGUCCCGCCGAGUGCGUGGGAAGCAGGAUGGCAGAGACAUGGUAAAACAUCAACAUGUUGGGGAGUCUUCAUACCCUCAUCCCUCUAGGACAGGCUUUCCCAGCCAGGGCUCCACAGUGCUCGCAUCUCUCCCUAUUCAUUCCUGAAACUUUGACCAGGAGAAUUUUGCAUUGCUAAAAGCAGCCCCACGUCUUUAACAGGCACUGACUGGUGGCCCAGUGUUAAGCCCAGGUGCUCCUGCCCCAAAUUAAAGCCUCUUUUGUCUGUAACAAGUGAUCAGUCCAACCUAAGAAGAAGUUUUCCUUCCAGACUGGUCUCUCCCUAUUUGCUUCUCAUUCCUAAGUCGCUUGAAGGAGGUUGGGUCAUGUUAAUGGUCCAGUUGAGUGUUGCUGGCUUGCAGUUUUGGGAAUCAGGAAAUAUUGUCCCUUGGGCUCUGUGAUGGUUUGUUCCUGGCGAGGCUUGAUGAGGGUUGCAAGGUGGAAUGACUUCUCUGUUCUAGUUUGCUUCAGAUGAUCUCCAGAAAGGAUUGUCUUUUACGUACAGCACCAGGCAGGCUGGGAACAAGACUACAUAGGCAGCUGCAAGAUGUUCUUGAAAUGCUUUACCCUGGUCCAGCUGGGGAGGCAUGGAGAAUGAGCAGUGACAAAGGGCAGUGAUUUGCCUCUCUGCAAGAGGGAGCCUGUCGUGGAGCAGGCAGGACGGUAUCUGGGCUGGCUGAGUCCUUUGCAUGCAACUGUAACCUGAAAGAGCGACCUAAAAUAACACUGGAAAGGAGGAGCUGCCAGUGAUGCUGCAGAACAGAGCAGAUGUCCCAGCAAGACCCCAAGCAGCUGGAGAUCAGCAGGGUUUUGUGCGAUAACAGCCUGUGAAGGACAUUCCCCUCUUGCUUUCCUGUUAAUUGUACGGUGCCUGCGCAGUGUGUGUUAACGGCACAAGUUGCGUUAAGUAAUGGAUAAAACACAGAGCUCCUGGGCCAGUCGGGAGGAGGAGGGAUGGCUGCGCGAGGCUGCUGGUCUGAGUGCAAGUACCGCAACACCGUCAGUGCAGGAAGAGCUUUAUGGAUGGAUUUUUGAUUUGAUGGAUUGGGAAGGCUGGUGGGGAGGUGCCGUGGCCUUUCAUUGUGCUAAUAAAUCCACAGUUUGGGAAACUCUCAAUUUCUACAGUGGCAGUCAGUUUCACUGCCUCUCUUCUUCCUCCCCAAUGUAAUGAACUUAAGAAAUUAAAGGCAACGCUGCUGGUCAGAAAGAUGGAGGUGGUGUUUUAGUGCACCGGCUCGGUGCCCUGGUGUCCUCAAGAGCCUGACUUCGCUCAGCGAGGAUGUGGUGUGGGUGGCUGGGAAGCUGGAAAUCAGCAGUGCCGCAAGCGGGGCUGACAAAUAGUUGCAAAUAUCGGAGUGCUUAUAUGGCAAGUAUGGUGGGACAAACUGGGCAAGCAGACGAGUUGUAGCCCGAAGGGAGGUCCAGCUGAAUGCGCAGUUCAGUGUUGGCUCUGUGGUCUGUGCUGGUGCCAGCCUUGUGGGAUAGAAGAGCUGCCCAAAGAUUUUUGUGGUCCAGCUUCACUCCCAGGCCUGUCUCUGGCUCUGAACACCACCAGCCAAGGUGCCUCGGUUGGGAGCUGCUGGUUGGCAGAAGACAACCGUUGGCCAUCUUUCUGAGACACUCAGCAGUGCAGAGAGAUCCCAACUGAUGUCCAUUUGAAGUGGAGGUGUUUGUUGAAUAGUUGGGUUUGGUCAGGCACCUGCCCCAGAGCCUGGAGGCUCCCCGUGUCUUCAGCUUAGUUCUUCUUAGUGUGGAGGCAAGAGGGACAGUCAAAACCAGUCCUGGGGCCCAGUGAAGCUUGCAGGAGCUUUUGGAGCACAGACGGGGUUUUCUGCAGUGCCCCUGACAUCAGUGCAAUUUCUGCAGGUCCUUAAAGCACAAGCAUCAUUCAGCUCCUUCCCUUCUCUUCCAAGGCCAGUAGACUUUGGAUUGGUCUCUUAAAAAUAUUCUCUGUACAACUCCUGGAGUUUGAUGCAUUUGCUUGAAAUUAUCAGAGCGCAGGCAGGGAGGGGAGGAGGGUUUCAGGUGGGAGCUGAAGCCUGCAGUCUCUUAACGCUCUCCUGAUUUAAUCUGUACCUCUGCAUUGCCAAACAAGCAGAUUCUUUUGAAAGAGACAAGACAAAAAGAACAGCCAAGAAGGGCCCUCCUCAUCCUCUGUGCUGGGUGAACUGCAAGCCCCUGAACGUAGAGGUGGGUCAUGACAUGGCUAACGCAGCCUUUGCCCCAUGCAAAGCCACGGCUGCGAUGGUGGUGACUUUGCUGCAGCAAUAAUAAUCUCUUGACUCAGCACAAGAUGAGUCGCUCGCUUCUGUUUUCCUGUGGAUGCCCAGCUUGGGAUUUCCCAACAGCACAAGCCAGAAUUUAUUGUAGGCGUCACACAACUGCCUCGGCAUCUACAGCCCCAUUUCCAACGGGAGGAACCAGCCUGCCUGAUGUGCAGCUCUUGCCCUGAUGAAAUGCACCUACACUCUACAGCUGCUGAUUUUUAAAGGUGUCUCUAAUGCCAGAUGUUCACCUGAGGUGAGGUUUCUCUGGACUGCACUGCUUCCAUAGAGUGAUAUUAGCAGUCCUUGUGCUUUCUUGUGGUUUUCUAUUUCGGACAAGAACAACUCCUCAUACUGUAACUAUGGAAUGUAGCACUUUUUGUUAAAUUAAAACAUUGGGAAAUAAAAAGCUGUCCAUCAUAUCUGA